AACCAUUGUCUACUUCAUCUCUGUUUCUGCUUCAAUCGAAAAUUAAAUUUUGCUUUAAAGAAAUGGACGCUGCCAAAAGACGAGAAGCUCGGAGGAAAAGGCUCCUCGAGAGUUCAGAAGACCGAUUCAAACGAAUUGAAAGACUAAAAAUGAGAACCCAAGAGCUAGAGGAUGCUCCUUGUGAUUCUGGAAAUGGAAGUUCAUUGGUUCAAGCCUCAGUUGAUAUCCCUCCAAGUCCGACCCAUGAUGCAGCUAUAGUACAACCCACAGCCUCAGAAGAGCAAAGAGCUUCAUCAAGAAAUCUGGUUGGUGGAGAAGAGGAUUCACAAAGUCAAUUAACCAAGUCAUCUAACCCUUCCCAUCAUGCCUCAGACCACCAUUCUUGCCAUCCUGUUGAUAGAUUUCAGGAAUCACCAGCCAGCAGAACAGAGACAUCCACAGAACCAGGAGGGGUCUUAGAGAAUCCUAUACCUCGAGACAUCAGCCAGGAUUCAGGGUUUGUUGAUGGUACUUCUUCACAAACCAGUACACAACAAGCAGGUGAUCAGAACGAGAUACAGCACCGGUCCAAAGCUACAUCAGUCCAGAGUGUAGUCUCCCUCCAGACUCUUGUGUUUACUGUUUUAGCAGCCGUCACCAGACUCUGGCUCGUCAGCCUACUUCAAGGCCAGUCCAUCAUUGUACUAUCUUAGCAACAGAAGUACUGCUGUUUUUCGUCGGAUUAGAACAGUCCCCUGUCCAAAGCAGUCCAGUCAGGAUACUAACGGCCCUUUUGACCUUUAGAGGAGUAUCUCCAGAGAUCAUCCAACGGGUCCAGCGAGGUCUAGGGUUCCUCCAAGGAACUCUUAGAGACUUCUCCACCUUCCUCUUUGUGUUUGUCAUGGUGCAUGCGACAAUGGAGUGGUCAGUGAGUCCGGAGCUUGACCAGCCUGAGACAAUACCUGAAUUUUGACCUUUCUCCUUUCUUCAUAAUGGUGGAUUCAACAAAGCAGUGGUCAGCAUAUCUAGAGCCCAUGUGGCCAGAGCCUGUAUUAGGACUCAGUCCAUCAUUGUGCAUGAAUAGUCAGAGAGUCCAGUGCUGUACAGUCAAAGUCCAUGUAUGAAAUGUGACUUCAUUCCUCUAUUUUCUUCAUAGUUCACAAUGCAGUGAUCAAAAAGUGUAGAGCUCCUUCCUAUGUGUUAAUCAUUACAAUACAGAGGUCGUCUAGUCAAGCGCUUGAUUGACGCUAAUCAGACCCCAAAGUGUAUAAAGCUCAUUCCGCUGUUUAUCAUUGCAGUGGUCAUCGGGUCCAGAGCCUAGCUGGUCAGUCUGUCCUGACCACAUUCCUCCCUGUUUGGCAUGGUACAUGGGACAAUGGGACAGUGCUUGACCGGUCAAUCCAUCCCUGAAGUGUUAGCUAAUUCCUCUUUGGGUUCUUCAUGUUACAUAUUACAAUGCGAUGGUCAGCAAGACCACUGCUUGACCAGUCAGAAUCAAUCCCUGAAAUGUAAACCCAUUCCUCUGUUCUUCAUGAUGCUUGCAACAAUACAGUCAGGGUGGUCAGCACGAGCCUAUUAAACCAGUCAAACAUUUUUUGACCGGUUAUUAAUCAAUUUUGCAAAAGUAAAACCCUGUUUAUACCGGUACUAUAGAUAUCCCUUGUGAUUAACAACCAUCGUAUGCCAUUAAUAUGAUACAUUGUACACUGUCCAUGAUAACUCAGGAAAAGGAUUUGUGGAAUACAGAAUGUUUUACUUCAGAACAUUUUAUUAAAGGAUUUUUAUGUAGAACAUGUGAUAUGAACUACCUUAUGAACUAAACAACAAAAUACUGGUAAUGGAAAUACCGGUAGUACUAGUUUCCUACUGCUAUUUAAACAGUCAAGUUUUCAUUCUUUUGUUGAAAUAGUCUACACUAUGGGCUGCACACUAUGGGCUGCAUGGUGACAUUGAGAAAAGCAUAUUGAAUUGAGAUUCAGCAUUAUUCAAUACAUCACCUUUAAAGGACAAUGUAAAAUAAUGUAUUUAAGCAUUGAUAUGUUAUUGAGCUUUAGAGGUUAUUAUUGAAAUAAACUGUGUUUGAAAUCAUGAAGGAAAUCCUAGCAGAAAUGUGAAAUUGUAAACAUGGGAAAUGAAGAAAAGGCUUCAAAGCGUAUGUUAAUGUAUGUGGGGGGUUGUGCUACUUCAACUCAGCCUGGUCAGGAUUUACCAGGCCAGCUAAAAAGAUUGGUGAGAGGGUGUUCCUUCAUAUCAGCACUACUGGAUUGACUGUGAAGCAAGCAGGUACAUGCGUUAACUGAUUGGCUACGCAAUAGUCUUCACCAACUAUUGGAAAGAGACAAUUCAGUAGUCAACGGGUUAAUAUGUCUUUCGUUCCUGUUACAAGUACAGUAACAUUGUUUAUUGAUUAUUUCGAGGAAUGUUUCUGUAUCACCAAAUAAUUGAUUUUACAGCUGACCAUAAUGCAAAAAGCUUAAUAUGUGAUAUAUUAUAUCAUGCAUCCCUAGUAUGUACAUGUAGAUGUCUCCUCAAAGUAUUUACAAACUGAUGUGCAUCAUGGAAUCUUUUCCAUUUAAAAGCUUCAAGCAGGACUGCACUACUUGUAGCUACUUGUGCCCUCUAUAUAGCAAACAAUGCCUAAGCGGUGUCUGUUAGUCCCCAUGAUCCUCUUUUUCUUAUG